AUGGACCUCGGGCAUCACUCCAUCCAGCUCAGUGCGGGUCCUGGCUCGCCGGCUGGCGCGAUGCCGGUGACGCCGCAGCCGGGCGAUGGCGGCACGAUGAGCCCCGAGCUGUACCUUGCCCUGUGCCGGGGGAGAAAGAAGGAAGCCAUGGCGCUGCUUCGGCAACAGCACGGUGGCGCCGCCGCCGCCGCUAAUCAGGUUGCCGGCAUACACCAGGUCAACGCGGAGGGGAACAGCGUCCUUCAUCUGGCCGCGGAGCACGGGCACGACAAGCUCAUCCAUGAUCUCGCAAGCUUCGGGGACAGGAGCUUGCUCUCUUCCCGAAACUCGACUCUAGACACACCUCUGCACUGCGCGGCGAGGGCGGGGCAUGGCAAGGCCGUGUCCCUCCUCGUCCGGCUCUCAUGCGAGGGCGGAGACGACAGCACCUUGUGGUGCAAGAACGAGGCUGGGAACACGGCCCUUCAUCUGGCGGCGAGGCUCGGCCAUGGCGCAGCAGUCAAGGCUAUGGUCUCCGCAGCGCCGGGGCUAGCCUCUGAGGUCAACAACGCCGGCGUGUCGGCGCUCUACUUGGUGGUGAUGAGUAGGUCGGCGCCAGCUGUCAGAUCGAUAACGACCAGGUGCGGCAACACGUCGGCUGCCGGCCUGAGCUCGCAGAAUGCUCUGCACGCCGCCGUCUUCCAGGGCUCAGAAAUGGUGAGGCUGCUAUUGGAGUGGAUGCUAUGUAUGUGGCCCAUCCCUGGCUAG